CCCGAGGACUGCAAGCCCAAACGCGGCCGCCGCUCGUGGGCGCGCAAGCGGACGGCGACGCACAACUGUGAAUACCCGGGCUGCGGCAAGACGUACACCAAGAGCUCCCACCUCAAGGCGCACAUGAGGACGCACACGGGUGAGAAGCCCUACCACUGCACCUGGGAAGGCUGCGGCUGGAAGUUCGCCCGCUCCGAUGAGCUGACCCGCCACUACCGCAAGCACACCGGGCACCGGCCCUUCCAGUGCCACCUCUGCGAGCGGGCCUUCUCCCGCUCUGACCACCUGGCCCUGCACAUGAAGCGGCACAUGUGAGCGGGGGCUGCAGGCGCGCUCGGCACCCCCUCUGCUGAGCGACUCACCGGAGCAGCUCCUGCUGUAAAUAGCGUUGGGGAGCAGCCCGGCCCUUCUUGCUUGUAGCUGAUAACUAUUUUCUCUUCCUGCCUCUGCUGUGAGAGCAGGGCUCGGCUGCGUGCUGGGGUGAAGGUGAGGAGCAGGGCUAUGCGAAGUCCCUUGGCCUGCUCCUGUUGCUGAGGGCUGGUGCAGCAGGGAUCUGUCCCCAGAGCUCCUCGCUUGUAUUUGGCAUCGGCUUCAAAACCUUCUCCCUAAUCCUGGCACCCUGCAGCUCUGGGGAUGGUGGUGGCUGAUUCUGGCCAAGCUCCUGCUGGAGAUCCAUGCCCCACAACUCUGGGUUCCGCUCUUUUCAGUUGCGGCUGUCAGAACAAAUGUCCUGGCCCGAAAUCCCGGGGAGUAUGGGGUUAGAGUGGGACUUGAUCAUGGGUAUAAAGGUUUGUGGGGGUCGGCAGUGCUGUGUUGCAUCACACAGGGAGCUGGGUGCCCUCAGAACCAGCCUGGGACCCCCUGGGUGGUCCGAUCCUAUGCCCACAGUUCUCCGCUUGGGAGCCCAAAUGGUUCUCACCAGUGGUCUGCUUUAGUUUCUGUUUCUUCCCCUCAGGCUGACACCAGGUACUGCUGCGGCUGCCUUCCCCAUGCUGCUUUUUAAAAACUUAGUGUGUAAAGGACAGUGAGUCCAGCUCUGAAUGCCCAGGUCUCUGCUAUACUUGAAACUUUCUUAAAGGGAAAAAGAGAAAACUCAAAAAGACAAUGAAUCUUUUUAUGUGCAGCUUCUGCAAAGCAAGAUGUAAAUUAAACAAAGCAGUAAUAUAUAAUGUUUCUGUUUUUUUAAUAUAUUUUUUUCUUCCAGCUGGGAUCACAGAUGAGUCUCAGCUUUGGGAAGUGCACUGUUCCUGUCUGUGUAUAUUGUUAAUUAACAUUUCUCUGCUUGGGCACGUUAGGUCUCUCGCACUCUGAAAUGUUACUUUUCUUUAUAUGCAAACUGUUGAAAUAUUGUGAUCUGCUGUAUAAUAAAUAAACAAGAUGUAAACAUGAAA